CCGCUCCUGCCACCGCCGCCGAGCAGCCUCCUUUUCCCGGGCAGGGAGCAGCUGAGGCCGCUCAGGGCUGCGCCACGUCGGAGCUGUUGCACCUGCACCAACUGAUUCCUGAUUCCUAUGUUCAACAGUAUGGUUUCCUGACAAGAAGAAAGCAGGAUAUCAGAUAGCUACAAACUCUUCAGUGAAUGUAAACAUUGGUGCUGGUUUCUACAAGAUGUGAAGGGACUCACCACUAGGGAACCUAGUACAGUGUAGUCAACAAAGCUCAAAAUGUCUGCUAUUGGUAAUGUGGCCAUCAGAGAGAUGAAAGGUAUCUUGCCUUGUUUUCUCUGAACUUGACAAAAUCAACAUCAUAUGGGCAAAAUAAAACAGAAAGGAAACUUGUUUUGAAUAACAGAAUGCCAAAGAAAAGGAAAAAUCUGGGUGUGAGUCCCUCCAGGAAAGUCGUGGAUUCGGAGAGAAUGGCUGCUUCUGGUGAAGGACUGGUACCACCUUCAGGAGAUGUGGCAGUGUCACGAGCAAUUUACAGUGUCAAUCAGGAAGAGCUCUUAAACAACAUGUCAGAAAUGUUUUCUGACCUGGAUGCUAGUGUGGUUUAUAUGGUGCUGUCUGAAUGUGAUUUUAAAGUUGAAAAUGCUAUGGAUUGUCUGCUAGAACUUUCCACAGCUGCUAAGGGAGUAAUAUCUUCAAAAGUCUCAGGUUUUGAUUCAAUAGCAUCAUCUCUAUCUCUUGUUAACCAGCAAAGCUCUGUUGCAAAUGAAAUAGUGGGCGAAAGUUGUGCAAAAGAAGAUAUUGUGAACUGUAAAGAAGAAUCAGAAAAGAUCCCAUCACCUGAUAUUCAGCUGACUGAAGAGCUAGAUUCCUUGAUACAAACUGCUUUUGAGAAAUACAGUCUGAGAGACAAAUUGUAUGAUUCCACAAAUGACAAAAUCACAGGAAAGCAGCCUGUGACAUUGGACCAGAGUAAUUCUAAUGGCAUUAAUGAAUUUCCUGAGAGUGAAAAAUCCAGUUUAGGAUUUAAUGUCCUGCUUUCUCUGCAGCAAGCAGAGACAGAGAAUGAGAAGUUAGAAAACAACUCCUGUAUGUUAAUCUCAGAGGGUCACAAAUCUUCUCAGCCGGCUGUAAGUAAAUCUAGCAUUCAAACAAAGGAUAGUUCAUCAGCUGACAUGGACAUUUUUGCACAAGUAUCAGUAAGAUCUAGUCUGCCAGAAAUUAAUACUGACAAUGCUCCAGAAGUCAUUAAACCAACAAACUCGGAAGUGGCUUGUAGAAAUCUUAAUCAAUCACAGAAUAUUGUUUCAGACCAUGGAAGUUUGAAUGCUUCUGGUCAUUUCUUCCAGGGACUUGGAGAAGCUGGUACAACAGCUAGUGGAAAUUCCAGCUCAAAAUGCCUUGAACCACAGGAAGGUGUAAUGGCUGUGUGUAGUAGCCAAAAAAGCAUUUCUCUCCCUGAAGUGUUUGAAUCUCCUGAAGGAUCCAGUUUCAAAUCGCCACAACUUGCAGAUGUUCAGCAGGGAUGGAAUUUACAUACUUUUCCACCACCACAGCACCCUCCACAGCAUCCUUGGAAUCCAAUGGCUCCUGUGUUUUAUCCAUCAGGUGGAAAUCACAGCUUUGUAAUUCCAGUAGCUAUCAGUCCGGGACAAUGGAGGCCUGUUUCAGACUACAGGACGCAUGGCAAAGGAAUGCCUUUUCCUCCUCCAGUGGUUUCACAUGUCUGGGAUAGCAACGCGUCUCCGAAGGUAUGGGGAAAUCAAGAUGGAAUCCAAAAAAUGAACCUCUCUCAAGUACAUCAACCACCUGUUUGUCCGGUUAUGAGAAAAAAGACACAUCUUGUAGGUCAAGUUCUUGUUCUUCUCAGAGGGGUUCCAGGAUCAGGAAAAUCUUUUUUGGCAAGGACUUUGUUUGAGGAUAACCCAGGUGGAAUCAUUCUUAGUACUGAUGAUUACUUUUACAAAAACGGACAAUAUCAAUAUGAUGCAAAUUGCUUAGGAGAAGCACAUGAGUGGAACAGGAAACAAGCCAAAGAAGCAUUUGAAAAGAGAAUCUCUCCUAUAAUAAUAGACAACACAAACAUACAGGCAUGGGAGAUGAAGCCGUACGUUGCUUUGGAUCCAGUACUAGAGCUGAUCAGGAAUUUUUCAACCGAACAUUUUCUGGGGAGGUUUCUCAGAUCCAGGUCUCAGCAGUACAAAUACAAAGUAAUGUUCCGAGAGCCUGAUACUUGGUGGAAGUUUAAACCAAAAGAGCUUGAAAGGCGAAACAUUCAUGGUAUAUCUAAAGAAAAGAUCCAAAGAAUGUUGGAGCGUUAUGAACGUUGCCUUACUGUUAACUCAAUCUUGAAUUCUACUGUCCCAAACAAAUCAGAAAAUGCUGAUUGGAAUGAAGAUCCUUGUCAGGGGGAAGGCUAUGGGCAAAAAGAGGUACAUGCGUAUGUGAAAGAAGAGAGACUUUUUGCUUCGGCUUCAAAGCCUCCCCAAUUAGCUGAAGAGGAGAAACAUGCAUCUGCUACGUCUUCAGCAGUAGAAAAUAACUUAGCAGAUAAAUAUUUUCAAAAAGAAGAGGAGGAAAUUGAAAAUAAUUUAAGAGAACAAGUUUCUGAGAAUAGCAUUAUUCAAGGUGGUGUGGAAAUCAGUUUAUCAGAUUAUGAAGAAAAAGAAGUGCCUUUGGGGCAAAAAACUGUAAAGAGAGAAGAAAUACAUAGAAUUACUGAAACAGAAACUUCUAAAACUAAUGAGGUGAAAUCUGUAGAAACCACACACUUGCAUAUCUGUUCUUUUGAACAUAUUCAAGAACAUAGUGACAAGAUUCUGGAAGUUCAAACUGAAAAAGAUCAGUACAAUGAAAUUGAAGUAGAACCAGUAGUAACACAUGAAAAGAACAUUAUGAAACAAAAUGGUUCAUCUUUGGAGGUAUCAGUGAGGCCAGAAUUAUUAAACUUUCUGGGUGACUGGCCUGUAGAACAAACAAUCAGGCAGAGAACCAAAAGGACUAGAAGAAUAGAAAAAUUUCCUAUGAAGCGUGAUAAAGAGGAUAAAGCAACGAGCCAGCAUCUUCUUGAUUCCCACAAGUCACAAGUGGACCUGGCAGAUGUUCAGCAGGAAGUACUACCUGGUGAAAAAAGACAGGGGGAGGAAAAUUUAGUCUCUGACUCUUUCUGUGUUCUUAGCGCAGAUAAAAUUACCCCAGAAUUGCAAAUGAUGGGAGACUGGCCUGCUAUGAGCUCUUUACAGCAGAGGCAACAUAGAUCAAGGAGAAUAUCAAAGAGAAGUCUAAGUGAAUCUGAUGAAGCUGGAAAUAAUAAAUGUGAUAUACACAAAAAUGUUCUUGACACAGUGAAUAUGCUUCAUGGAACGUCUGUGAGCACUGAAGAGCUACAGGACACAGCGACAUCACAUUUUCAAGAACCUGAAAGAGUAGCUAGUGAAAAUAUCAGUGAGAAAAAGCCCCAACAAAAUAAAAGAACACGGAAGCAUCAUAAAUUAGCCCUCACGUUUACCAACAGCAGUGUGGCCCUCUCCAAACCGGAAGAACAGCUGGAAAAGGAACCUGAAAAACACAUCUGUAAACAACCAAGCAGGUAUUCACAGACUGAGCCACAGGAUUUCGCGCUCUUAUGGAGAUUAGAAAAGAAAAUUAUUAUUUCUGAGAAUAUUAUUUCCGAGAAUACCAAAGUAUUACAUGGCAGAUUAGAAGCAUUCAAACCAAAAGAUAUGGAUGCUGCUUCAAGUUCUCAAGAAAAAAUACCCUAUAGAGUUAUGUAUGAUAAAAGCACGCAUGUGGAAGAAAGUGAACUUAUCAGUAUUGAUGAAUCUGAAAAUCUGAAUGUUCUUUGUAAGCUGUUUGGGUCCUUUUCAUUCGAUGCAUUGAAAGACUUUUAUGAAAGAUGUAACAAGGAUAUUGUCUGGACCACAGGCCUGCUCUUGGAUUCUGAUGAAAAGUUGUGUAAAGGCGAAGACAUUGAAUGCUUGCAGGAGGCAGGAACUGAGCCGGCUACCGCAGACCUUGAAUUCAAGGCAAAUACAAACUAUGGAGAGAAUCUUAAAAAUUCUGAACAAACCAGCCAAAUAAUUGGGACUGAUGGUAUCACUCAGCUUUCAGAAAACAAUUUAUCAGUGUGUUAUGCAGAGAGUGAAACUGCAGACAUACUUGAAACAGAUGCUAAAAUAUCUGACUCACUAACAAGACUUCCACUGAGUGCUUCAGUAAAACUCAAAAAUACCAAGGACAUUGCUCCCAGAACUCAGGCAGAAGGUUCAGGAACAGAUAUCAUCGAGCAGUCUGUUUCAGAGACACAGAAAAUAAACUUAAGGGCCACGAGCCUUAUUAAUGAAACAGAAGAAAAACCAGUGGUGUCACAGCUUGAUGUGGGCUUAUGUUUACCUGAGACUUUCCAUAAGGUGUUUAACACUGCUCCAAACAUUUUGAAAUCCAAAUUAAAUAAGGAGAUAGACAAUAAACGUUCAGAAACAUAUCUAGAGAGUUCCAAAGUAAAUAAUAUGAUUCUUCCGUUACUGCAAAUGGAUCAAGCACCUUUGAAGAACUGUGCAAGUGAUGUAGAAGAACUGGAAACCUAUAAAGAAACUAAGGGGAAUGAUAUGAUAGCAACUGGAGGUGAUAGAGAAGAAAGCAAACCUUCUAAUAUGGAUGAAGAUAGAACCAAGAUAUUGAACCCUGCUUCAUUAUCCUCGGGAUCCAUGAAUAUAAAUUGCCUAGAAUUGGCAUUACCUCCUGAACUAGCCCUUCAACUGAAAGAAAUAUUUGGGCCAGUUGGCAUUGACUCAGGAUCUCUAACUGUUGAGGAUUAUGUGGUUCAUAUAGAUCUGAAUCUGGCCAAAGUGAUUCAUGAGAAAUGGAAAGAAUCUAUUAUGAAGAGACAAAGGAUGGAAGAUGAAUAUUAUAAGCUGCUUAUGCAAGAUCUGGAUGACUCGAAUACAAUCUUAUCUCAGAGCACAGACAAUAAACUGCAGAGAAAGAAAAUGGCCUGUUCCUCUCGAUCAUCAACAGAGACACACAGUGAAAAUCUAGCAACAUCAGAAAUUUUCCCUUUUAUGGAUCACUGGAAUGCACAGACUCAAAGAGUAUCACUCAGAGAAAUAAUGUCUGAAGAAAUAGCCUUACAGGAGAAACAGGACCUGAUCAUGCUAUAUCUCGGUGUACAGAAACAUGUUCCUUCCAUGGCUAGAAAGGACUGUGCUGCCAGUUUGAAAGAGAAGCAACUCUUUGAGAUGUUCCCAACCAUAAACCAAAACUUCUUAAUGGACAUCUUCAAGGACAACAACUACUCCUUAGAACAGACCGAGCAAUUUCUGAACUGUGUCCUGGAGGCAGACCCUGUAAAAACAGUUGUAGCUCAAGAGAUUGCUCAGCAAAGUGACACUCUCCCUUCCUGUAGUGCUAUAAAGAACCGAGAGAAAAAGGCAAAAAAAUCCAAGGAGGCUGAAGAUGUUCUGAAUGAGAUGGUGUUCCAAGACAUUGAGUACCCUGGGUACGAUGACUUUAGAGCAGAGGCUUUCCUUCACCAGGAAAAGAAACAGGAAUGCUUAAAAAAAGCAGAGGAGGCCUAUCGCAUGGGUAUGAAGCCUGUGGCAGCAUUUUAUGCACAACAGGGUCGCCUUCAUGAGCAGAAGAUGAAAGAAGCAAACCAUGCUGCUGCUGUGCAAAUCUUUGAGAAAGUAAAUGCAUCCCUGCUGCCUGAGAAUGUUUUGGAUCUACAUGGUCUUCAUGUAGAUGAAGCCAUUAAUCACUUGUCCAGAGUACUACAGGAGAAAAGCCACGAAUACAAGCAGACUGGUGGUAAACCAUAUCUGUGUGUGAUCACGGGAAGAGGAAACCAUAGCCAGGGAGGAGUUGCUCGCAUCAAACCAGCAGCCAUUAAAUACCUCACAAGCCACAACUUCAGGUUCACAGAAAUAAAACCAGGCUGCCUGAAAGUCAUGCUGAAGUAAAAGGAUGUAAAGAAGGGGAGUGUGAAACUAGAAACUUUAAACAGUAUCAGUAAUUAUAACUUAAUAUACUUUAAAAACAAUAUUUUAAUAGAAAUUUUUUCAACUUAUUUUAUAGCAAUUAGUUUUGUCAGCAUGUGUUUCCAAUAAAAUGGUAAGAGUGAAGUGUAUUUUUUCGUAACUCCAAAGGGAGGAUCCUCUUACAGAGAUUGUAAUAUGAGAAGUACAGACCUGCAAUACUGCUGAACAAUAGAUGCAGUGUUAAAGAGAAAUUAAGGUCCCAUUUUCAAACACUGCUUCCUUCUCAGUGAGACAGAGCCUAAGAUUAUCUCUGGCUGAAUACAUUUUAAUAGUUGUGGAUUUUGUAACUUAAAAUAUACACAGUAAAAGUUAAAUUGUUUAAAGAUAGUUAUUGUGUGUUUUAGAAUUUUGAGUUGAGAUUUUCAAAGGAGCCUAAAGGAACAAGGUAUCCAACCCCCAUGGAAAUUUGAAACCCAAGGCAGGUGGAUGCCUAACACUAAAAGGCUCUUUUUGAAAAUCUGAGCCAUGAUCUUUAAGUGGUGCUUUCUUGAAAAUAUGGGCCAAUUCUGCUGUCCUUAUUCAUACAGAAUUCUUCUUGAAGUCAAUAGGAGUUGUGUGUUAUAAGGACUCUGGAUUGGGACCUAAAGUCUGUUAUGAAAUUUUAUUAAUGCACCUAAAUUCUUUAAGGAGAAAAACAUAACCUCGUAGUCUCAUCUCUACCUACAUUUUACCUGUGUAUAAUAAAAUAAAUAAUUAAGUAGAUAAAUUGGCACAUCUCCAGUAGUAAAUAUUUUGUUUAACUGCAUGGCAUUUCAAGCACAUUUUCAAGCAGCAGAACAGAUUAUAGUAGUAUAGUGGUAAUUGCUUAACUGGAAAGAUCAGAUUAGAGGAAGAAUUUCUUUGACAUUAGCAGUACUUCAGGAUCCAGAAAAUGUGCUUAUAAUGCCUCUGCUCCCCCAUACUUAGAAGAUAUUUUUCAGUAAACAAUCAGAGCAUUUAUUUUAAGAACAAAAUGGAACAUCUUAAAAUAUGCUUUUAUUAUAGUAUGUAACAGCCUUGAAAAUUGAGAGGCAUAAAUUUCCUUUAAUAUAAUAGUUUUUAAAGCUUUGCUGUGAAACUUUGUUUUCAUAACAAUUGAGUUAUGUACUGGAAAUAAUAUUAAUAGCUGAAUGUGAGGUAUUUUUCAUAUUCUUAAGUUAGUAUGUCAGUAAAUUGAGGGAGGGGAUUUUCAAAACAGUAACCUUUGUUUGUGCUUACACAGAGUUGUAUGCACACAAAUAACAGAAUUUACAUGCACCAUCCCAUUUGUAUGUGCCGUUGAGGCCUCGGGGGUCAGGCAGCCUUGGACUCAGCUAGCCUGGCAUGCCUCCAGCGCUGCAGUGUCCAGGCUGUUAUGUUUAGCAUGCUAGCUUGAACUGAGCUAGCAUGAGUCUAUCUACCCAUGCUAGGAAUCACACCUCCCAGCUGCACUGUAGACAUACCCUCUAAUAACUGUGUUUUGGUUUGUGGUUAGUUAUGUACGCGAUUUGUCUCUCCACUUUAGCUCUCUGCCCUGUUCCUGUAGGCAAAAUGUUCAAAUAUAUAAGAAUCCUGCUGUUCAAGUCCUUAAGAGCAGAGUUCUUUUUAUGCUUCUGCACUGUGCACAAGGGGCCUGAAUAUGGUAACGGGCAGCAGUGUCAUAACAUAAGAUAAAUAGAUCCUUCUCUGGCGAAAUCAAUGGCCAAACUUCCAUUGAUUUCAGUGGUGUAUAAUCAAACUCUAAGGUACCAAUUAAGCAGUGCAUUUUAAACAUGUGCUUAAGUCUCAUUAAAGCAAUGGGACUAAAGUAUUGUGCUUUGCUGAAUUGGGACCUAAAAAGGAGGAGAAAACCAGAGUGGAAGAGGUGUGGUGGAUAUACAAAAAACCUCCUCUCUAUCUUGGAUUAUUUGCCUAGUUUUCCAGAAGAAACAUUGAAACUUUUUUUUUUUCCAUUUUUAUAGCCUUUGUUUUGGGAGCCCAGUAAUUUAUUUUAUAAUGGGAAGAACUGUUUUAAAUAGCUGUAUUUUAAAAUAUUUUGAAGUAGGUAACAUUUUUGGGGACUUCCAGCCUUUGCGGUGUCCUUUUAAGAAGAAAUCAGUGACAUAAUUUUUACUAUGAAAAUUUCAAACUUUAAAGUAUUACCACCAUCACUCUGAAAGAACAUAGACUGUUAAAAUAGGUAUGCCCCAGUUUCUUCUUUUCCUUUUAUUUAACAGGACACUGUGGAGGUUAGUAGGCCAAAAAUAUGACUCCUUUCUUUUAAAAAUACUUGUUCUUAAAGUUCACUCAGUUUAUUAAAUUUAAAAAAUGCUUGAAAACUUUUUCCUAAAGAAAAGUUAAUGUCAGCAGCUUAGCAUUCAUGAGCAAUUCUCAAUAACAGACCCAUACAUGCACAGGCAAUGAAAAAAAACAUGAUUCUGUAAAGGAACAGAUUUGUUUAAAAAAAAAAAAUCAUCUUUCAGAGUUCCAGGGAUUAUAAAAAUAGUAAGGCAAAACUGAUUUUUAAAAUACUUUUAAAAUACUUUGGUCCUUUUUAUUAAUGCUUUUGUUUUUUUUUUAUAGUUUGUGAUUCAAGUUCUUUUAAACUUUAAAUAUUUUUCUAGGCUUAGGUCAUCUUAAACACAGUCAUAGCGGUACAUUUUUGAGGUUAAGUUGUUGGAAACCUUUGUAAUUCAGGAGUCCUCAUUCUUACAGUUUUAUAGAUGCCUCAUAUUACCUUGUAAGGAGACCAUUUUAAUAAUCAUGCACUGUAUAUAAGCGAUACUCAUUGCAUGCCCUACAGAACUUGUAUUCUAAUUAAGUUUUACUGUGAAGAGGUGGAAUUUAACCACAUUGACAUCCAACGUGUUCAUCAAUCAUGGGCAGAACAUGUGUGGAUAAGAGGUUAAUCCCAGUGUUGGUAUUAUUAAACCAAUGUCGUUGUAAAUGUGCUGAGAUGCAUUAGACACAGAAUUUACAUUACCAGUGCUUAUAUCUUUAAAUGUAAUUCACAUUUCUAGAAUGGUAGUUAGCCCUCUUCACAGAAUUGAAGAGAGGAUGGAGUAGAACACACUGAAAAAGAAGAGUACUUCGACUUUUCACAGUUCUGUAGCAGCAAGGUUAUUUUUCUUUAAAAAGAAAAAAAAUGAUCUUGCAAUCUCAACUAAUGGGCAAGCUCUGAUGAGGAUUAAAUGACUGAUACCUAUGAAAGUGCACAUAAUAAAAGUACAGGUUUGCAGCUAUCAGUUGUAAAAGUUAUUAGGACCUGUAUAAUAGAUGAUAUAUACUUCUAUUUUUAAAAUUAGAAUAUGAAAACAAGAAUUUUAUUUGUAAAAAGUUGUACAUUUACUGUUAACUGUCAUGCUCAUUUUUACUGGAAUACAGUUUUGUAAUUUGCAUUUAGGUUUUCUUAUGUCAAAAUGAAUUUACAAAUGAAAUCUAGAUUAAUAAAGGAAUUUUACCACAAACAA